UCAUUCUUGGCUAUGUGCUUAGAGUAGAUCCAGUAUAUAGCAAACAUAUUUGCUUAUUAGGUGCGUUGGAAUAUAGGUAGUGCUGCUGUUCAUCUCUUCAAGUAUAGGUAUCUCUAUGAUGUUUUCAUCAGGUCUUAGCUGCAAUCUAUCAUUUCCCAGUUGUCUGGGUUAUCCACAGGACAACGAAGAAUUAAUACCAAAAAUGGCUAGAGAGCCAAUAAUCCUUAAUGUUUAUGACAUGGCAAUCAGUACACAUUGGAUAUACAGACUUUACAGAAGAAGAUGUAACUAGGAUUGUUACUGAAUUAGGAAAAGAUUUUAGGGGUGAUCGUUACCAUUUAAUGAAUAAAAAUUGUAAUCACUUUAGUAGUCAACUUACACUUAUUUUAUGUGGUCAAGAAAUACCGGGUUGGGUAAACCGCCUUGCAUACUUUAGCUCGUGUGUACCCUUCCUUCAGCGUUGUUUACCAAAGGAAUGGUUAACGCCUGACGCACUUCAACACUCCUUAAAUCAAGUCAGCCAUGAAAGUACAUCUUCUGAAAGUACGUCUUCUGAUACUUCCUUGUAACAUUUGGCAAAUUUUUUGAAACGAAGAGAUUUAAAAUGCCAUAGGAGUUACACCAUUUAGAGAAUUUAUGCGCAAAGGAAGUUUAUCGUGACAGUAACUACAUUGCCAAGAUGAUGGAACCCAAGAAACAAAGCCGUCAAAAUGAGGUACAAAUUUAAUAUUGUACUCUAGAAUUGCAGUGGUGAUUUAAUAAUACAGAAAAAAAUGCCUUUCUUGCAACAUGUCGUCUUUUAAAUUUUGGACGGCAGUAUACAUUGUCGCGUGUGUUCUUUGUUGUAUUAUACAGUCGAAAUUUAACAGAUAUAUAUACUUGCUAGAUAAUUACGCAUAAAUCAAAGGCAUAAAGAGACUGGAACGUAUUUAUUCAUUAGUUAAUCACGUUAAUUUUUUAGGAAAUGUGAGUAAGAUUUUAUAUACGUAAUAUCUUUUAUUUCAAAUUGUAUUUGAAAAUUAAUAUUUGUAAAACACACAGUACAUUGAAAUUAUAUUUUAGAAGUAUCUAGUGAUGUUUUUCUGAACAUUGAAUAAUAACCUGGUUUACAUUAUGCUAUAAAAUAUGCUACGUAUACAUGCGACACCUCUGUACAGCUGCCAUUAAUAUUGUUAGGACAUUUAAAUGAAGAAUGAAUUUAAUAUUGACAUUCAUAUAUAAUAAAUAAUUAAAUUACGAAUAAUUUUUUUUCAUCUAUGAUUUAAUGAAAAUAUGUUUUCUGCAAAUACUUUUAUAAGGAACAUAUUUAUAAUUUUGUAAUUAAGAUGUUCAGUAUUCAAUUUCUGCACCAUUGGAUGCUCUUGAAUUUUGCACGAUAUAGAACAGUAGAAUUAAUAUAGUAUUAUAAUUAUAGUAUUAUAAUAUAGUAUUAUAAUUAUAGUAUUAUAAUUAUAGUAUUAUAUUUCGGAAGCCUUUGUCAGAUUUAGAAUCUAAUGAGUUCUUUUAAAUAUUCAUGAUAUACAAAUCAUUACUGAUGUUACUAAAACGUUGUUGACACCAAGUUUAUAAUGUUAUAUAUUGAAAAAAUAAAAAAUUCAUAAAGUUAUUCAAAUAUAAUAUAAAUACAAAAAAAUUCUGAUAAAUAUAUCAUAUUUGUAAAAUGUAACUCAAAAAUCAAGUAACAAUUAGUGCCAAUUUAACUUUUCGUUAAUUCUGUUCUAAUAAUAAAUUAAUAUUAGGAAGUCGUAUGUUACAUUAGGAACUCAUAGAUAUUACUAAUCAUGUUACAUUGUUAUAAUACUGGCCAAUAUUAAUAUGUGAAUACUUUUCAAUGAAUCAUUUGUAGAAAAAUUUCAAUUAUAACAAUUAAUAUAUUUGUUAUUUUAUAUAAAAGGUCAACAAAAAUAUUAAUUAUGCUUUAUUUAUAUAAAUUAUAUUAUAGAAAAAGUUUUUCUAAAUUUUAAAUAUAAAUCAACUUAGAUUAAUAAAAUUAUUUAGUAUAUUAAAUUACCUAAAUUAUUUCAUGUGUUUCUAUAUAAUAUACAUUUAAAAAAUAUCUUCUUUAUAUAUACAUAUUAUAUUUGCAAAAAAAAAGUAUUGAAAAUAAUUAGUUGUCAUUAUAUAUCAAAGCACGUUAUGUUUUGUAUUCCUCAUUAAUAUUUUGUAUUCCGCAUUAAUACAAAGUUAUAAAAUGAAUUACUUAUGCGAUAUAGAAAUGAGUAUAGUAUACUAAAAUAAUGAAGCACAAUAUACAAUAUAAGUACAAAAGCUUAUAUAUCUUUCUAAAUGAUCUUUUUUAUAAUGAUAUUCAGUUUAUUGUUUUAAUAGGUACUUUUUUCUUACUGUUAAUAGUUUCAUUUUAAACAAUAAAUAUCGUAACAACUAUAUUAUUUCGUUUUGUUAGUUAUGAUAAUACC